CUUGCUCUGGGCCCAUUAAAAUAGUUCAAAUUGGAGGGUCUUUUUGUUAUUGCAAUGGGCUCAAAAGAACUCCCCUUGGCCUUCUCUCACUUCUCCAGUCUCCACAGUUCGCAGUUGUUUCCUCCAGUCUAUAAGCUACCCUUACCCUUCUGUAUAUAUCAAAGCACAAACAGAAUUAAAAAUCUUUCUUCUGCUACUUCUUCUGUGGUGCAGAAAGAAUACAAACCGGACGGUCUCCUCCAAUUCUAGCUAUGGUUCCAUUCGUACCCUCCAUAUCUAAAGGUAGGUCCUUUGCAAUUUUACCAGCUACAUGAUUCUUCAAGAACCCAUUUUUAAUAUCUCAAUUUUCCACGAGGAAAAUCUUUUUGUUCACAUAUAUGAGUACUUAAUCUGAUUAGGUUUCUCACCUUAGCAUUACAUUCUUAAUUCUGCAUUUUAGCUUGCUCACCCUUUCUUCUGUUGUAUUCUCAAAGCAAGUUUAGAGUGUCUUGUAAAAUUGUGCACUUUGUUGAGGAAUUUUAGUGUCUUAAUCUGAGAAAACCUGGUAAAAAUAGUUGCUUUUGAGCAAUACCCAUCUCCUAAAAUGUCUAGAAUUCUCUGUGGGUUGAACCAGAAAGAUAGUAAUUUGGUAUACCCACCACCUUCCUCAUUUUCAGUUCCUUCUGUUAGCGUUAACAAUGGACAGGAAUUAUCCCCGUCAUCGUCAUCAUCUUCAUCAUCAUCAUCAUCUCUUAGCAAUAUCAGUCCAGUACUUCUUUUGGUUAUAGUAAUUCUAGCUGUUAUCUUUUUCAUCUCUGGCCUUGUUCAUUUGCUUGUAAGAUUUCUCAUAAAGAGGUCAUCUUCCUCAAUCUUUCAAUCCAAUAGAUACCCAGAAACCUCUGGGUCUCGUGCUAUUCAAAGGCAGCUUCAACAGCUCUUUCGGUUACAUGACGCGGGCCUAGAUCAAACUGCGAUAGAUUCUCUACCUGUGUUCUACUGCAAAGACAUUAUUGGUUCAAAAGAGCCUUUUGAUUGUGCUGUUUGUCUGUGUGAAUUUUCUGACCAGGACAAGCUGAGAUUGCUCCCUAACUGUGGUCAUGCUUUUCACAUUGAUUGUAUUGACACUUGGCUCCUCUCAAAUUCAACAUGCCCCCUUUGUAGAGGGACCCUUUUGAGCUCUGGGUUUUUCUUGGAAAAUCCAGUGUUCAAUUUUGAUGAUGCUAGGGAAAUGUCAAAUAGGUUCGUUAGUGAGGGAGAUAACAUGUGUUCAAGUGGUCAGAAACAUUUAACCAUGGAGGAAGCUGCUGGUGAAAAGAGGGUCUUUUCUGUAAGACUUGGAAAGUUCAGAAGCUUAAAUGAAGGAGUAGAAAGUGGAGGGAGAGUGGGAGAAACCAGUAGCUGUAAUUUGGAUGCUAGGAGAUGUUACUCAAUGGGUACAUAUCAAUAUGUGGUUGGUGACUCAAAUCUGCAAGUGGCCUUGUCCCAUGAUUGUGGUGGAGAUAGUGAUGCCAAGCUUGUCAAAGAGGAAGUUCAUAAUGGGAACUUCACAGUUAAUGGGAAUCUGGAGGGGAAGAAAAUCAGUGGCCGGCAUAAGGGUGAGAGCUUCUCUGUUUCAAAGAUCUGGCUUUGGUCCUCGAAAAACCGAUUCCCAGGUUCUUCGAAUGCUCAUACUGGUGUACCUCCUUUUAGAUUAAGUUCUCCAAUCAGAUGAAACAUGAGCUGUAUAAUUAGUGUAUGUUAUGUAUGACUGAAAAUUAAGCUUAGAAGUUAUGCCUUUUACUUUCUUUUUCAUUGUACACACGGAUGCUUAAUUACUUGUAAGUUCAAUUUAGCAAGAGCUAUGUCCAGCAAUGUCCAGACCAGAUAAAGAAAAUGGGAAUUAUGAUCUAAAAACUAAACCCACAUAAGCGUUUCUUUUUGAAAGCAAGAGCCGUUUACUUUGGGUUCUUCAUAAGCAAGAAACAUGCAGAUCAAAGUAUCAAACACAACAAGGGACAAAUAAUCAGAGCCUUUGACUACUUUCCUUCAUUAUGCAGAAAUCUCAUGGUGAUGAACAAAGCACUUUUUCAAAAGAUCAAGAGAAGCAAACUGGCCGAAGAUGGCAGCAAAAUAGCUUUUUGGGAAACAAUAAUGGGCUCACCAUAUAUGAUUCAAAUUUGGGUUUGGGCUAAAGGUACUUGCUUUUAGUUUGUUUGGGCCUCUCAUAGCACCAAAACAAAAGAUGACCUUGGACUUGGAAACCCAGUUGGCUUUUAGGUUCCUCGCCAUAAACGGGUCGUCGUUUUCUUUUCUUCCUCCCUCUCCUUCUCCUUUCCUCUUCCUUUUUCACUCUAUUUUCUCCUUCACAAACAGUGUCUCAGUCUGACAGUCUCUCUCUCUCUGAAAAUGGCGCUGGCAGAGAGACCGACUGUCCGAGUCUCGAACAUUCCCCAAACAGUGACAGCCAAAGAGCUCCUAAGCUUCCUCCAGUCAAAACUCGGGCCUGACUCAGUCUUCGCCGUCGAAAUCAUCAGCGAUCACAAGAACUGGAAGUCACGAGGCUUCGGUCGCGUCCAAUUCACGACCCUUGAGGCCAAAUCAGAAGCAUACUCUCUUUCCCUUCAGAACGGCCUCGUCUUCAAGUCAGAAAGCCUCAGACUUUCCGAGACCUACGACGACAUCAUCCAACGGCCGGUGGACCCAAAACGCCGACUGAACGGCACCGUUUUGCAUGCGGGUUUUAUGGUAAAGGGCGACUGCAUGAGCAUGUUGGAGUCUUGGGAGGGCGUGAGAGCUUGGGUCAUGCCCGAGAGGAAGCGGGUCGAGUUCUGGGUCUGGCUGAGAGACGAGUGUUACAAACUGGAGAUUGCAUUUGAGAAUAUUAUAGAGUCGUUCGGGUGCCGUUUGGGUGGAGAGAAAGUGAAUGCCCUUCUCUUGAAGCUCAAGUUUGGUCCGAGGAUCUUUCGUAAAAUUUCUGGACCUAAUGUAGCUGCCAGAUUUAGCACUGAUCGGUAUCACGUAUGCAAGGAUGAUUUCGAUUUCCUCUGGGUACGAACUACCGAUUUUUCGGAUAUGAAAUCUAUCGGGUAUUCUACUUCAUUCUGUUGGGAGAUUGAGGAGGAGUUUUCUGUCUCAGAUGUAUUUGAAUGCUUCCCAUACUAUAAAGAUAAUGAUGUGGUGGAUCUCAUUUUAGAUAAUGGUGAAAAAUACUGUUCGCCAUCUGAGACAGUUCCACUUGUGAAGUGCAGAUCAGAUUCAAAGUUACCAUAUGAGAUCCUUUUCCAGCUCAAUGCACUUGUUCAUUCCCAAAAGAUUAGUCUUGCAGCAACAGACUCUGAUCUGAUUGAGUUCCUUAGUGGUUUAAGCGUCGACACUACUAAUGUGCUUCUUGAGAAGCUGCACAAGCGCAAGACCACUUGUUAUGACCCUCUAUCAUUCUUAAAGAUGCAAUUACAUGUCUUAGAAAGAAACCAUAAGAGUCGUCCCUCACCCUAUAAAAGAUUAAUGGAACAUAAUGUAAUGAGUUGUCAUAGAGUCUUAAUUACCCCAUCAAAGAUUUGUUGCUUAGGUCCUGAGCUUGAAAAAUCAAACUAUGUUGUAAAGAAUUUUGCAGCCUAUGCUUCAGAUUUUAUGAGAGUUACAUUUGUUGAUGAAGAUUGGAGUAAGCUUCCUGCAAAUGCUAUAUCCACAAGUAUUCAGCAAGGUAUUUUUGCAAAACCCCAUAGAACUGGAAUAUAUCAUCGGAUGUUGUCUAUUCUUCGAGAUGGGAUUGUUAUAGGAGAAAAAAGAUUUGAGUUUCUGGCUUUCUCGGCUAGUCAACUUCGAUCAAGUUCUGUUUGGAUGUUUUCUUCUAAUGACAAUGUAAAAGCAGAAGAUAUUAGAGAAUGGAUGGGCUGCUUCAGCAAGAUCCGCAGUAUAUCUAAAUGUGCAGCUAGGAUGGGUCAACUGUUCAGUUCUUCUACCCAAACUCUUGUUGUUCCUGCACAAGAUGUAGAGAUUAUUCCUGAUGUUGAGACUUCUUCGGAUGGCGUAACUUACUGCUUCUCAGAUGGUAUUGGAAAGAUUUCUCUAUCUUUUGCCAGGAAAGUUGCUCAGAAGUGUGGUUUGGAUCAAACUCCUUCAGCAUUUCAGAUUCGAUAUGGUGGAUAUAAAGGGGUGAUAGCUGUUGACUGUAGAUCCUUUCGGAAGCUAUCUUUGCGCAGCAGUAUGCUCAAAUUUGAAUCAAAAAAUAGAAUGCUUAAUGUCACCAAAUGGAGUGAUGCCAUGCCCUGCUAUCUGAAUCGAGAGAUUAUUUCCCUCUUGUCUACCUUAGGGGUAAAGGAUGAAACAUUUGAGGCAUUGCAAGACGAACAAUUGCGUCUUCUGGGGAAAAUGCGGACAGAAAGAGGCGCGGCAUUGAAUGUCUUAGAGAGAUUGAACGGGGCUGAUUCCAAAAAUACUCUUGUAAAGAUGUUACUUCAUGGUUAUGAGCCAAAUGUGGAACCUUACCUCUCAAUGAUGCUUCAAGCAUAUUAUGAGAACCACUUGUCUGAUUUAAAAAGUAGAUGCCGAAUAUUUGUCCCAAAAGGCCGGGUCCUGGUUGGGUGCUUGGAUGAAACUGGAAAUCUAGAUUAUGGUCAAGUUUAUGUUCGAAUAACCAUGACAAAAGCAGAGCAAGAAAUGGGGGAUCAGAGUUUCUUCCAGAAGGUGGAUGAGACAACAUUUAUAGUAACAGGGAAGGUGGUUGUCACAAAAAAUCCUUGUCUUCACCCAGGAGACGUCAGGGUACUUGACGCUGUCUAUGAUGUGGUACUCGAGGAGAAGAAUAUGGUGGAUUGCCUUAUAUUUCCCCAAAAAGGAGAAAGGCCUCAUCCAAAUGAAUGCUCUGGGGGUGAUCUUGAUGGGGACUUGUUUUUCAUAAGUUGGGAUAAAGAUCUGGUCCCUUCUCAUACUGUACCUCCCAUGGACUACUCUGCACGGAGACCUCGUAUAAUGGAUCACACUGUGACCUUAGAGGAAAUUCAAAAGUUUUUUGUUGAUUACAUGAUAAAUGAUAAUUUGGGUGCCAUCUCUACUGCACAUCUAGUUCACGCUGACCAUGAACCAGACAAAGCUUUGAAUCCAAAAUGCCUGCAGUUGGCAGACCUGCACUCCAUGGCCGUCGACUUUGCAAAAACUGGUGCACCUGCCGAAAUGUCCCGGACCUUAAAACCUAAAGAAUUUCCAGAUUUCAUGGAACGGGUGGACAAACCCAUGUACAUCUCAAAUGGGGCACUAGGAAAACUCUACCGUGCAGUCGUUGGCUCAGUGUUGCAAGAAAAAACAAACUUGGUUUGGUCAGAGCAGAUUGCUGAAGCAGCUUACGAUCAGGACCUUGAAGUGGAUGGUCUGGAGUCGGUUCUUGAAGUUGCAAAAGGUCAUAGAGACAUGUACAUAGAGAAGAUGAGGACGAUGAUGAACUAUUAUGGGGCAGUGACCGAGGAUGAAAUACUGACAGGUAAUCUGCGAAAUCGUGCAGCAUAUCUGCAACGCGAUAACAGGAGAUAUGGAGAUAUGAAGGAUCGGAUAUCACUGUCACUCAAGAACCUACAAAAAGAAGCAAAAGGAUUGUUUGAAAGCAGCUGCCCAGUUAGUGAGCAUCAGAGAAUGGCCUCAGCAUGGUAUCAUGUCACUUAUCAUCCAUUGUAUUUCCAACAAGACAUGAAUUGCUUGAGCUUUCCAUGGAUUGUAGGUGAUAUUUUACUCAACAUAAAAGCUUUGAAUAAUCCAAGAAAGGACAUAUAGA